GACUGCUCGGCGCUCGUGGUGGUGGCGGCCUGGGCCUGCUCGGGGCCUUGUCGUCGUCGUCGUUGUCGUCGGGUCGCCGCCAUGUCCACCGCCAUGAACUUCGGCACGAAAAGCUUCCAGCCGCGGCCUCCGGACAAGGGCGCUUUCCCGCUCGACCACUUCGGUGAAUGUAAGAUUUUCAAAGAGAAAUUCAUGAACUGCCUUCGUGCUAAUCAUUUUGAAAGUGCUUUGUGCAGAAAUGAGUCAAAGGAAUACCUAGAAUGCAGAAUGGAGAAGCAGCUAAUGGCUCAUGAAUCACUGGAAAAGCUGGGAUUUAGAGAUCUAAUAAAUGAAAAAUCAGAAGCAAAAAAUAAUUCAUAACUAAAAGAAGACAGUUUCAUCAUGCCGUGUCUUACAAGAAUACUCUGUGGUAGGGCAUUGUGUACAUGGUUUGGUCUCUCUGAUUCUUUAAUGUGAUUCUUUGUUUCUAGAAUCGCCUGUAAGUUUCAGGAGGGAAAGUGAACUAAUACCUCUCAAAGUGGUACUAAAUUAUCUUCAGGGAUGAACGUUUUUUGUUUUGUUUUAAGAAACUUGGGUAUUUAUUUUAAUCACUUUUUUUAAAAAAUUGGCCAGAAUUAAGACCACAAUAAUUGCACAUUGUUAAUUCCAUUUUAUAGAUGUAGAGCCUAUUUAAGGUGUAUUUAGGGAAAGGGAAAUAAAUGACCUUUCAAGCUACCAAGUAAUAAACUAUUUGGGGGCACUAACUUUCCACCUUAUGACCAAAAACAACUUUUAUUGUCUCUCAUUUUACAUCCAAACCAUAUUUUAUUUGUCUUAGGUUAUUGUCAGGAUUAGGCUUGCAUCAGUAUGCUUGAUGCCAGAGGAAUGCCAUUGUUUAUAAAUAGAUGUCUUUGACCCCCUUUGGAAGUUAAAUAUUUUUCUGGUAAAUAUUUAAAAUCUAUUAAAGACUAUUAGGAUUGAGCCUAUUUUUUGGCCAAAUAGAAUCAUAAAUGAAGUUUUUUUCCAACAAAACCUCUUUAUGCAUAGCCAGAAGUCCACAUCCUAGCACCUCUUCUCUUAAAAAAUACAGGUUACAAAUCAGGUAAAUAUCUCAAUUUACAGUGGUAUAUCCACCUCCUGCACAAUAUAUUUGUCUUCUCAACUGUACCAGGUGAUAGCUGGGCAGUAUUAUCCUAAUAAAAAUUUCAGUUUAUUUUUUUGUCUGCAUUUCAUUAACAAAGUUAGUGUUCAGUACCUCAUAUUUUUCAACUUUUUGAAAAAUAAAUAACAGUUUGAAAAUA